GGUCCUUGGAUUUGACUUCAGUGAGGUUUUGUUUGUUUGCUUUAGUGACCCUACGUGGCACAAUACAGGUGCCCCAGGGAGUUUUCUGGGCUGGGGACCGAUUGUCUGGUAGUUUCUCCUUAGGAGCCACUAGGUGGGUCCCCACUGCUGACUUUUCGGAUAGCACUGGAGUGCUUUACUGUCUGCACCACCAGGGACUCCUGAGACACAUUAGGGCAGAUAGUUUGUCAUUGUUUGUUUUUCAUCUCCUUUCUUCCACAGCUCACAUGGUCUCCGAAGCUACACAUCUCCAGGGGAAGAGUCAGCCCCCUCUUUCUCCUGAGUCUGUGGGCCAUGCAGUCAGACGCCAGUCAGACGCCUGCCACCAGGGUUCCCCGAGAGACACACUCGCACUUUUCAAAAUUCAUUUCAGGAACGCUUGGGGUGGUUUAGGGGGGAGCCUUGAUUUCAAGGUUCUUUUCUUGUUUCUCUGGGAGGCUUGUCAUGGUGGCUGCCGACCUUCUGCCACCUGGCUGGUCAGGGGCUAGGUACUGAGGUCCCUGAAGGAGAGGGCAGAAUGUGGUGGCUGGAGGCCAAGCCUCCCGGGCACCAGAGAAGCAUUCCCACCCAGCAGAGGCAGAGGGAGGCUCCAGGGACGGCCCCUCAGUCUGGAGGUGGGAUAGAGAAGGAAUCCUGGAGGAAAGUGGGUGAGAAGCCCUUACCAUCUGUGCCUUUCACGAUCUGUGACGGGGAGCCCAUGCCCUAGCCUUGCACCUGUAGGAGCUGAUGGGCUCCCCUCGCCCCUCCAGUCACGUUCUAGUUCUAUCCUGUUGUUUGAGAGGGGCAUUUCUUUAACAGAUCACUUCCUGCCAUGCCGCCGCAGAACCAGUUGUAGAGCUAGGGUAAGUCCAGUCUGGUUUAAGUCAGGCUUCUCCUGACUCCAGGAGGCAGGAUGACCGAGCAGAGGCAGCAGGGGGCACAGGCUGGUGGAUGGAGCACUCUGAAGUUGGCCAAACGAAUCCACCCUUGGUAGUCUGCUGAUGACUCCUGGGAUCAGCAGGCAACGCAGCAGGAGAUUGAGGAACCAGAUGAAAGAUCCAGCCCCCGCAGAAGGUGAAGGGCCACCGAGAGGUGCUUCUCUCUUAUACAAAAAGGCUUAUGACAGUGAGGAGCUCUUAGCAGGCUGUGACGGGGUUGAUAAAUUGAGCUCCACCCCUACCCCUACCCAGGAGUACCUAGUUGACGUCAUCCCUAACCUUCAGACCCUGUGUGUACUCUGUGCCUUUCCCCACAGCCUGGGGUGAUUCCGGCGCCCCAGCCCCCUGGGCAGGGGUUGUCCCCACUGCAUCCCCUGGGAGUCCGCACACUGUUAGCUUCACCGAGUGAUGGAGUAGGAUGGUGUCGCGCUCUCUCCCUCAAGAUGAGACUCCUUUUUGCUGCCGCUGUUGGAUGUUUUCUUAGUUAGGACUUGUUGUGUUCUGUGUCAUCACGUCACGUUUCUAGGAGGGGCCGCUCCCCCAAGCUUUGCAUCUCCUCCCUUCUCGGCUCACACAUCCUAACUGCUGCUCCCUCGUGUCUGUGUGUACGCACGCAGGUUUUCCUCUCUGCGUCCCCACACACACGCGGGGCCCUCUGCACCGCCAUCCUGUGGGUGCAUUCAUGGCACGAGGAUUGAGUGGGGCCCCGAGGCCACACGUGUGGUCCAGGCCAGAUCACAGGAGGCCCCCGGGGUAGCUUCAGGUUGUUCCAUUGAUCCUGCUCCUUGGCAAGUCCUCUCAGGGCUGCAGCCCACUGUGGGAUCAGAUGGCAACGAAUCACCCGGGCUGUGGGGCUGAGGCGCCCUGGGGGCUCGGUGGCUGCCAAUGGAAAGGUCUACGAUUUGAACCCACCCACUGCUGCCCUGGAGAAAGACGGGGCAGUCUGGCCACGCCAAGGGCAGCCCUUGUCCACCCUGCAGAGGUUCUCAGAGUGCCUGGAAGCCAGCAAGUGGAGUGUUUCUCUUGUUGUUCAGUUGGGGCUGGCAGGCCACGUGUGUUUGCAGAGUUCCUGUGAGUGGAAUUCAGAAAGGAGCUGGAAUGUCCUCAGAGGCCCUUGUUCCUCUCCCCCUGCUGAGCCCGUUGUGUCCCCUCCCUCCCCCUCAGGUUGCUGUCGCCAUGGCAGCGGUGGACAGCUUCUACCUACUGUACAGGGAGAUCGCCAGAUCCUGUAACUGCUACCUGGAGGCCCUUGCGCUGGUGGGCGCCUGGUACACGGCCCGCAAGAGCAUCACUGUCGUCUGUGACUUCUACAGCCUGGUGCGCCUGCACUUCGUCCCCCGCCUGGUGCGCAGGGCGGACCUGGUCAAGCAGUACGGAAGAUGGGCCGUCGUCAGCGGAGCUGCCGGCGGCAUCGGGAAAGCGUAUGCCGAGGAGCUGGCGAGCCGUGGCCUGAGCAUCGUGCUCAUCAGCCGAGACCUGGAGACGCUGCAGGCUGUCGCCAAGGGCAUCGAGGAUGCCUACGCAGUGGAGACCGCCGUCAUCGCUGCAGACUUCCGCAGUGGCCGAGAGAUCUACGCCCCCAUCCGAGAGGCACUGAGAGACAAAGACGUGGGCAUCCUGGUCAACAACGUCAGCGUGUCCUACCCGUCCCCACAGUGCUUCGCCCAGGUCCCCGAGGACACACUCUGGGACAUCAUUAACGUCAACAUCGCCGCUGCCAGCCUGCUGGUCCACAUCGUGUUACCGGGCAUGGUGGCCAGGAAGAAGGGGGCCGUCGUCACCAUCUCCUCCGGCUCCUGCUGCAAGCCCACCCCCCACCUGGCUGCCUUCUCCGCUUCCAAGGCCUACUUGGACCACCUGAGCCGAGCGCUGCAGUACGAGUACGCCUCCAAGGGCAUCUUUGUGCAGAGCCUGAUCCCCUUCUGCGUGGCCUCCAGCACCACUGCCCAUCGCAGCUUCCUGCACCGCUGCUCCUGGCUGGUGCCGUCACCCCGGGUGUAUGCACAUCACGCCGUGUCCACCCUCGGGAUCUCCAAAAGGACCACCGGCUACUGGUCCCACUCCAUCCAGUUCCUUUUUGCACAGUACAUGCCCGAGUGGCUGUGGGUGUGGGGCGCGAACCUCCUCCACCGCUCGCUGUGCACGGAGGCCUGAGCCGCGCCUGACCAGGGGAACCUGUAGCGCCAGAAGGAUACAGUGAGAGCCCCGAAUGUCUUGUCUCUUCGGAGGGGCGGUUCAGUGCACUGUCUGAGCAGGCUCGGGAGAGCCCCAGGGAAGCCCUGAACUGCAUAGGCCAGUCAUGGCAGAGACCGCAGGGCAGAUCGGAGAAACCCAUGUCCCCUCGUUGCUCUCCCAGGAUGUGCGAAUCCUGCAGCCCUCUGAAACAAGACGUCCCGGGACAGACGGAAAACAGUUGUGGCCCAUGGCUCUCAAGCUUUCAGACAGCCGUGAGGACGGCGGUCUUUCAGGGAGAGUGACCGUUUCCUCAGCCUGAGCAGCAUCGGCUGCCAGGUGUUCAUUGGGAAAGGCUGCUUCCGAGUGCUGUUUCAUAACCAGGCUGGCUGGGACUCGAGUGAGUGAGUGAGCGAGCAAGCGUGAGUGUGUCAUUGUACAGCUUUGGCCGUUUGUGUGUAAAAGUGCUGCUCCUCCCGGAGGUUUCCUUGGGAGACAUGCAUGUCUAUGCCCAAGCAGUUUGACUGACGGGCAACCGGCUUCUACAAAGACCUGCCAGGAUGGUGGGACGUGGGACCUGACAGGGGCCAACCCUCGUUGGCGAUACCUCUGCAUACUCAACCAGCCGGCCCCAUCCUGUGCUGUUGACGGGCCACAUGUACUGUCCCCGCUCCCCUCCGAGCGUCCAGUCUUACCUCUGUGGUAGACACGGGGACGCACAGGGAUGGUUCUGAGGCCCCAUGCUGACUUCCCAGCCUUGCGUCUAAGCUCCUCCCCCUGGCUGAGGGCCAGCCUGCAGGAGUGGGCAGCACCCCAUUUCCAUCCACGCUCCUGCGCCCUCCCAUCCCGUUCCAGUCACAGUGUUCGGGUCAGUAUCCCGUGUCUGCAGAACAUUCCUUAAACGGUGUCCCGAUGACGUCUGUGAUGUGAUGUGUUGUCCCUGUAUGAAAGUGCCCGCGAGGUGACCGCCCUUGGCUUGGGCCGUGACUGUAGUGUGGCCAGUGCUUGUACUGAUGUGGAGAGAGGCACCCUCAGUGCCCCUCAACACAGGCCGCACCGACAUCUGCUCAGAAACGUGUUGUGUUGUGUUGUGUUGUGUUGUUGUCCGGGUGUCACUAAUGCCAAGCAUUCAUAAGGACCACAUCUUUAGGGCUCUGACAACCGUGAGUCACGAUACAGAUGUGACAGUUGGUGCAGAUUCAAACCCGCGCCAACCAGUGACCGACACCGAAGCCAGUGCUUGGGUCAGAGGUCGAGAGCCUGCCUAUCGAUUAAGUAGCUCCUCGCCCGCUUCCACGCCCUCCGCUCAGCUUGGUCCCCAACGUGGCCUGCAGCCCGCACUCCCACUGGUGGCGUCCAGAGCUUGUCCACCAACCAUCCGACCUUGCCCAUGCAAACCACAAAUGGGGAAGUCAGUAAGAUUCGGUGUUUUUGUGGGUGCUCCCAAGGGGAGCCUGCAUUGUGUGGCAUGUGGCGUUUUUCUCUCCGCCCAGUGUUAAUUUGUGGUCAUGAAAACUAGAGACCUUUCCCCCCUCCUCUUCCCUGGCCCCGAACUCUAAGGGGUUGGGCCGAAGCUGCAGCUUCUCUCACAUGCUCAUCAGCUCAGCUAAUGUCCUGGGGGCCGAGAGGGCAGGGCUCAGGAGUGAGGCAGCGAAGCAGUGGCCGUGCCAUCAGCCAGCCCCGUUGGCGCUGGUUUUCCCCCUCCUCUCAGGACACAGGUGCACACACCAGCACAGAACAGGUGCGGGAGCUAUUCCAGUCCUCUCUGAGUGCCCCUCCUUAGUGAAGCGUGCCCUUUCUUUCCCUUUCCUGCACCUUCCGAUCGAUCGCCCUCUCCCGCGAUCUCCAGAGCUCAGGGGAGUCUUUCUGGGUGGAGUUUCGCAUGGAGCAGUGGGAAAUGGAAAGCAUUGGAACGUCAGGCAGGAGCAGAGGGUUUACAAACCGCGGCUUCUGCUCCAGGUGUUAGUAGUGCUAUUUCCUCGUCCCCUACCUGUCAGAGGAACCGUGAUCACAUUUAAGCUCCACGUUCCUGCCGCCAGGACUCAGUGGCAGAGGUGAUGGCACAGCGUGGCCAGGCGUGAGCUUCUGAGCCCCCUCCUUCCGGUUCACCUUUCCCAACAGGCUGAGUCAGGUAAAUACCCAGCUUGGCCAGGGAACUGGGCACCAGCUCAGGGAGACCCACGGCAGGUGGAGCCCACUCUUUGGAGGAGACUUUUUAUGUUUCUUUCCCUCCCCCCAGCUCCCUUAUUUACUUAAAAUCUGUGGGAACAGAAGUUGGGGUAGUCUGCCUUCGAGUCCCAGUGCUUGGCUCACCCGCUCUAAAUGAGGGUUUCCUUUUGAACAAAGACGGACCCUGCCGGCGGAACACGGACAGCCUGAGAUCCGUGAAGCAGUGCGAUCUUAACCAUGGUUCUCAGUCAGGAUUUGAUUCGGGUGGAAGUUUGCAAACCAAGUCUCCCGUGCAGGGGGUUAUUCCCGUGUUUGAUUUGUGACGCUGACAGCAGUCCCCACACAGGAACAGCCUUCCUCCCACUUCCUCCCCGAGUUCACUGCCCACUUCCAUCCUUCUUUCCCCUCCUCCUUCCUUGCAUUCCUUCUGAGCUCUGUCCCUGCGCAGUUGCGGCCAUUCCCAUCACCUGUGCAUGGUUGCGUGCCCACCUCCCUGGUGCUGCUGUCCACAGGACAGGCCUAUCGUUUGGCUGGGAUUUGAGCAGGAGGGAGGGGGAGGUGAGGGGGUGAAAGGGUGAGUUCAGUUCUAGGCCUGAGUGUGACUAAGAGCCAUAGCCCUGCGUAGUCCAUCAGUUUCUAGCAGACUUUUUAAAUGAUUUUUUAUUUCAUGUUUCCUCCUUUUUUAAUCCAGGACCCCCCUAUUGCGAUCAUUUUCCAAGUGGUAGCCGGGCACCAUCUAGUUCUUCUGGUCUCAGGUUCUCAGAGGCUGGGGUUCCUGUGGUUCACGAGUCCUUUGGACUAAUUGUGUCUCUGCUCUUUACUGAGCUAAGAGCUGUGGAAAGCCGAUAGCCCAAGUUCUUCUACUUAAUGUGGUUAGAAAAGAUCCCCCUUACUACACGCACCCUCUGUGCAGGUUUUGUAGCUUGACGGAUUGCUCAAAGACAAACAGGGUGGAUGCAGGCUCCACCUACAAGGGGCAGGAGAGCCUUCUCUUAUUUACCCGUUAGUGAUUAAAAGCUUGAUCCUACUUUCUAGUUAGUCCACAAAGACAUCCUGUGACUGGCCUAAGACUAGAAGAACCGGAUUGUUCUGUUUGCUUGCUCGUGGUCAACACUUGUUCCCUGUGAUUGUGCUGAAAAUUGAGUUAUUGUAAAAUGUCUCUACUUUACUCUCCAGGAAAAGGCAAAUAUAUUGUCCAUGAAUUCUGAUCGCAAACAGGAUGCCACUAAGAAAUCUGGCUAACUGUCAGUCUCCUCGCUGGUGGUACCUUCUAAUAAAAGUUCUAUUUCUUCCCCAAA